AUGAGCAAUUCCACAAAGCGAAGGCUCUACGACAUAGCCAUCGAGCCAUCGGCUGCUUCCCUUCUGUCCUCUCACCUUCAAUCCUCCAGCAAUCACUCAGAUUCCACCAGCCAAUCACUGCCUAACUACUUCGCUCUGAACUUCAACUUCAAGCCUGACUCAACACAAGACUGCAAGAAGGGCGCGCUAUUCCAACCUGGCCCAAGCCGAAGUCAGAAUGCUGAAUGGCACUUUGAACUUGAAUCAAACGAACACGACACUGAUGCGAAUGGCGAAAGCGGUGGUAAGAAGCCGGCACACGUCUUCACCGGGCCGCAGACAGCCGCAAAAGCGUACGACCUGGUACUAGUCUGGGAUGCGGCUGCAAAGGUAUACCGUCUAGAUCGAGUGGCAGCAACGUUUGCGCUAAAGUAUGAGAGGUCCAAGACGGUGCUCAGUCUUCAGAAUCACGACGUGUGGGAGAGCGAGGCAGUCAAGCCUAAGAAAAGGCCUGUACAGGAUAGCUCGAUGCAGCGAAGAACAACGCCAAGCUCUGUAGAGAGGGAUUACAGCAGUCUCACGGAAGAUAGCAGGGCGGGUUCGUCCGGUCGUAAUAGGCAAGGCGAGCUCAAGCUGCGUGGCAAAACAAGCACAGUGAUGGCUCCAGUGCGAAGGUCAUCACGCAGAAAUAUUGCGGUCGAGAUGGAGGAGUUCGAUGAUCAGCCCGAGAGCUCGAUCGGCCCCUCCGCGGCGAGUGCAAAUGAUGAUCGUUCAAAGCGUAGCAGUGCCAUACAAGAGACCAGCUCAAACAAGGGUGUCGUUCAUGGAACCAAAGAGCCUGCAACAAAGCAUAGCCUCGCUCCGGAACCACCUCAAGGCUCCACCAGCGGUUUGCGUCGCAGCCGCUCGAGCCAAGCUCAAGGUGAAACAAGCUCUAGCUCUCCUCAACAACCACCUACACCAACCAUUACCGACUCUCAGACCACAGCAACGGGUGCAGCCUCCGUACCGGAAGGCUCGGAAGGAGAAGACGAUGACUUGGCACUCGAGCUCGAGCGCGAGCUCGAACGCGAGAUCGAGAUCGAAAUGGAAGAUAUCAGCCAGCACGAAGCACCAACUGACACUGAGGCAAGAUCAGCUUCAACUCGAACUCUUUCCCCUGCUUCUCGCCUCGAUGCAAAUGAUAAGCAAGUCAAAAUCAGCACACCAAAAGCGCAUACGCCUGAUGCAGAAGACUUUGUAGCAUCACGUCGUCCUUCUGCACUGUCUAACGAGGUCCGACGGUCGCCUUCUCCCUUGACUCAUAAACAAAGCGACUGUCGGAGCGCAGUACCUGCUUCGAUUGGACUCGGCUUACAGCAGACCGACGUCGGUAUCACUCCUACUGCUUCCCCACACCUUGACGUUGCAAGCCCUCGCUCUACCUCACAAGCUACAGAAGAUGCGCCGCGCGAGGACGAAGAGGAUGAUGAUGAUCUAGACGGCUUUGCUGCUGAACUGGACAUGAGUUUGGCCGAGAUACCUGAUGCUUCGCCUGUGAUCGCAUUAGCUCCGGUCGUAGAGAAGAGAAAAAGCUCGAGGCCUUAUACUGCAGCUCAGAACAGCGGUGAUUCGAGACAGGUGCGCAAAGCGUAUGGUUUGGGUGGUCCGAGGCAGGAAGAGGAGGAGCUGGAGGAUAGUGACUGA